AGACAGGUGGACCGUCCGUGAGUCCUGUCUAAUCUGGGAAAAAGGGACUUUUAGCGUCUUCCUCUGCCCUGGGAAGACCAUGGCUCUCUCCAGGAUCUGUCGAGAGUCUUUGCUGGUGAUUUUACUACAAAUCGUGCUGAUUUGCUCUGCUCAGAGGGGCCCGGUCGGCCCCAGAGGCCCCCCAGGGCCGCCCGGAGCCUCUGGUGUGCCAGGAGUGGAUGGCAUCGAUGGCGACAGAGGAGAAGACUCCACGGUGAAUGGCGGACCAGGCGCUGAUGGUGAAAACGGCAAAGACGGAGCUCCUGGAGCUGCAGGCCUUCCCGGCGCAGAUGGACCUGUUGGACCUCCUGGAGAUCCAGGCACAUCUGGCCUACAAGGGCCAAAAGGAGAUCCUGGCCCACGUGGGCCUCCUGGAGAGCCUGGUGUAGGACCUGAUGGGCUGGAUGGUAUUCCUGGUACAGACGGACUACCAGGUGAACUGGGAAAAGCUGGACCACCUGGAGCGAGAGGCAAGAGAGGUCAAGUGGGUCUUCCUGGUCCUGCUGGGCCGCGGGGUCCUCCAGGGGUCUACCAAGGCGAGGACCUGUGUCCCAACGCCUGCCCCUCUGGUCUGACUGGACAUCCUGGUCUCCCUGGCAUGAAAGGCCACAAAGGGAUUAAGGGUGAAUCAGGUGAACCUGGAAGACAAGGACACAAGGGAGAGGAGGGCGAACAAGGACUCCAGGGUGAAGUCGGAGCUCAAGGCCUACCAGGCCCCGGUGGGUCAAGAGGCCUCCCAGGAAUAUUGGGCUCCAAAGGUGACAGGGGACCUCGUGGAAAGCCUGGUGAUGUAGGUUCUCGGGGGAUCCAGGGAAGCCCAGGUGAUCCAGGCCAAAGAGGAGCCAUAGGUGAGCUCGGCCCGUCGGGAGUCCUGGGGGAUCGAGGUCCACCUGGAAUCAGAGGAGUGCCAGGGCCAAAAGGGGAGCCUGGCCUCCCUGGUCCAGACGGCCGUGAGGGAAUACCUGGACUACCAGGGUCCAAGGGUCUUCCGGGGAAAAGUGGGGCUCCAGGUGAUGCUGGCACACAAGGCCUUCCUGGUUUACCAGGUGCUUAUGGCCAAAAAGGAGUCAGUGGCCUAAAGGGUGUCGCAGGUGAUCCAGGUGUUGUAGGACUGAUGGGAUCUCCAGGCAAACAAGGCGAGCGUGGCGAGCAGGGAGAGGUGGGACCUGUCGGACCUAGAGGAGGACCAGGUGAACGAGGAGAGAGGGGGCAUGAAGGGCCUCCAGGAUUACCAGGAGCCAGGGGAAGCAAAGGGGACCCAGGUCUUCCUGGACUUCCUGGUCCUGCUGGUUAUCGCGGCCAGAAGGGCGACAGGGGUGCCGUCGGCCUCGAUGGUCCAAAAGGAGAGCAGGGAUCUGCAGGAGCUGAAGGAACACCUGGAGAGAGGGGAGACACGGGCGACGAAGGAGAACCAGGAGAGAAAGGAUCGACAGGCCCACCAGGAGAGACAGGAAAUAAAGGACCAGAGGGCGGCCGAGGACAGCAGGGGAAAGAGGGCAAGCAGGGCCAACCGGGACCACGCGGCAUGCAGGGCGACAUGGGGGUACCAGGCCUGCCGGGGGCUCAGGGACCAGCGGGAAAAUCACCAACUGACACACACAUCAAGCAAGUCUGCAUGAGGGUAAUGCAAGAGCAGCUGGCCCAGCUAGCAGCUAGCCUGAGCAGGCCUGAGUCAGGCAUCGCUGGGCUACCCGGUCCUCCCGGCCCGCCUGGACCUCCAGGCCCCUCCGGAGACAACGGUUUCCCCGGACACCCCGGAUCACGAGGACUGCCCGGUCUGAAGGGUCCAGCUGGGCUACUGGGUCGCAAAGGGCCCAAAGGUGACCAGGGUGACAAAGGGGACAGAGGACCCACAGAGAGAGGACCCAAAGGAGCACCAGGUGCCCCCGGUCUGCCAGGUGAACCCGGUCGAGCAGCUUACGGCAAAGACGGUCGUGACGGAGAGAGGGGGCCCCGUGGUGUUCCCGGUGCAACCGGCGUUCCUGGCCCUCCCGGUACCCCCGGUCUGAACGGUUACUGUGAGUCGUCGCAGUGCGUCCUGCCCAUGGUGGCGUCGCCGGUUUCUGCUAAGGACUCCAGCAUGAAGGGCCCCAGUGAGAUGUAAAGAGGGGCCGG